UGAAGAUAUUCCUCAAGAAGACCACUGACCGGCUGUAGCAAAUGUCUCGUCAAAGCCUAUUUACCCCAGCCUUGGGACAACGGAAAGGCCUCAUAAGCCACACUGUCGAUUUAGUCCGAGCAUUGCUAUUCGACCGACGAUAUUUUUGGCACACUGCCUUCCUCCUCUUUCUGGGUGAAGUUGCGUUGAGCCUUUUGGUGAUAUGGAAGAUCCCUUAUACCAAGAUAGACUGGCCGGCAUACAUGCAACAAGUAGACAUGUUCCUUGCCGGCGAAAGGGAUUAUUCCAAGAUUGAGGGAGAGACAGGACCUCUGGUUUAUCCAGCCUUGCACUUGUACAUAUACACUGCCUUCCACCGUCUCUUGCCCUCCAUCGAAAAUGUUCGCCCAGCCCAAUUCGUCUUUCUCGGGUUCUAUCUCGCCACGUACUUGGCUAUCUCCACGAUCUACUAUCUCGCAGGGCGCCCGUCAAAUGGUGGCCAUCAUUUUCCGCAGGUAUUACUCAUUCCUUUGACCCUCUCUAAGAGGGCCCACUCAAUAUUCUUGCUUCGACUGUUCAAUGAUCCUAUCGCUAUGCUCAUCUUCUAUCUUUCCGUGAUUGCUUUCCAGAUUGGUGGCCGGAAGGGCUGGAGACUAGGAUGCGUGCUUUUCAGUCUCGCACUGGGAGUCAAGAUGAACAUCCUCAAUUUUUUGCCAGGUCUACUCGUUCUUCUUUUUCAAUAUCGCGGCAUUGUUGGCACAGUGGAAGGUCUCUCAAUCAUCGGUCUUAUCCAGUUCCUUCUUCCUGCUCCAUUUUUCUUUUCGAAAAGCAACCCUUACCUCAUUAGAGCAUAUUUCACUUCGGCUUUUGAUUUCUCACGACAAUUCUUGUAUGAAUGGACUGUCAACUGGAGGUUCAUCAGUGAAGAGACAUUCUUGAGCAGAGAGAGGGCCGUGACUCUACUUGCAGGACAUCUUACCGUCUUGGGGUUAUUUGCAGCAUUUAAAUGGUCACCGGUGCCCGGUGGCACUUUGAGGGUACUGCGGAAGGGGUUCUCUGACCCGCUAAAUCAAGCUUUAGAGGUUUCACAGGUUCCAGCCUAUCACAUUCCAUUAGUCUUAUUUUCUGCCAAUCUUAUAGGCAUGCUCUUUGCCCGUUCUUUGCACUACCAGUUCCACUCGUGGUAUUUCCACCAGUUACCUUUCUUGCUCUAUUCAGGUGCUGGUUGGGGAAAUAUGUUGACUAGUGUCCUCAUAUGGGUUACUGUGCAGUAUGCGUGGGAAACAGCCCCAUCCACCAUAAGUACUUCUGCUGCGCUUUUAGCUGGGCACGGGGCAAUGGUUUUUGGACUUUUCUUUCAUGGAAUGAAACGCCCAUCAUCAAGCCAGAAAUCUAAGGCUAAAUAAUUUUCGACAUAUUGUGACGUAGCUACUGUUUGCAUGGAUAGGAAACA